AUGGAAAUGGAAAAAGCUUAUAAUCUUAUAAAACAAAAUACUUUAUAUAGAAAAACACCAAUGAUAAAUGUAGAAAAUAUAUUAAAUUUGCCUAAGUUCGUAAACCUUAAUAUGAAGCUUGAAAAUAUGCAACAUACAGGUUCUUUUAAGAUAAGAGGAGUGAUAAAUCAAAUUGCACAUGUAGAUAAAAAUGCCAUUUUAAAUAGAUCAAUUGUAGCUACAUCUGGUGGAAACUAUGGAAAGGCGUUAGCAACAAUUUCAAAACAGCUCCAAUUACAAUGCUUAAUAGUGAUGCCAAACCAUGCUCCCAAAUACCGGGUCGAAACAAUAAAAAAAUUAGGAGGAAAUGUUGAAUUAGUUGAGAAUAAUAUGCUACAAAAAACAGCUGAUUAUCAUGUACAAAAAGAUAAUAUGAUGUUUCUACAUCCCUAUGAUGAUUAUAAUUUAAUUGCUGGUCAUGCAAGUUGUGGGUAUGAAAUAUUGGAACAAUGUCAUAAUGUAGAUAUUAUUAUUGUGUGCUGUGGAGGAGGAGGGCUCUUAGCUGGCAUAUCAUCUUCAGUAAAGCCUUGUUUACCAAAUUGUAAAAUAUAUGGGGUUGAGCCUUAUGGAGCUUCAAAAAUGUUUCAGAGUUUUAGGAUGCAAACUCCAGUGACAUUAGAGAAUGUUGAUACUAUAGCAACUGGUUUAGCCCCACCAUAUGCGGGUAAGAUAACUUACGAUAUAUGUUCUCGCAAUGUUGAUGCCAUCAUUUUAGUAAGCGACGAAGAAAUAAAAGCGAGCAUGGCAAAGUGUUAUGAGACGGGAUUAGUCGUAGAGCCAUCUGGUUGCGCCGCCUUAGCCGCUUUAAUGCACGGAAAAGUUCCCGGAAUCGAUUUGAAAGCCGCUAAGGAAAACGAUUUACCCGUUAAUCGUGGUGGUGAUUACGAAGAAAUCAUCGAGGAUAAAACUGAGAACCUUUGGCCAUUAUCUAACGAUUACAUUCAAUAUUCGCCAUUCUUCGAUGCUAGUAGUGAGCCAAGGGUCCAACAAGCACUUUACGAAGAUGGUUCAGGAGUUAAACUAAACGUUGUAGUAGUUUUAACGGGUGGAAAUAUAAGUCCGAAUGAUUUGGCAGCCAUCGUAAAUUCUCAAAGAGAAUUAUGA